UUGACCCUAAUGUCUCUUACAUCUAGUGAACUUAAGCAAGCUUUUUUGUCUGGAAAAAACAGUAAUGAGGACAAAGGUGCUGGACCUAGUGGAAAUGUUGCGGGUAGUAGUUCAAUUCCGGAACAAGAAAGUGCAAAGAGGCAGUCCGUGACUUCUCAGAAUGUUGCUUUGCAAGUUGUGAGCACUUGUCGCUGCGAGACUCGUUGUUGUAACCUUUGUGUGUCAACAAGGGCAAAAUGUAUAAUCUUAUGGGUACUGGUGAUAAUUGGAUUGAUUUUGUGCUUUUUGUUUGGUGGCUUGUUUUAUUUUGCAAGCAAAUUGGAUGCCAACACAUCAUCCUUGAUGGCUCAGAAAUCUGAGAUUGAUGGUUUGAAGGAAGCAAUAAAUAAAUUGACUAAAAAGGAUUAA